GGUCGCCGGCUUGCCUCCCUCCGCCAUCGUGCGCGCCUUCUUGGUUCCAUGAGCACCCUCAACCGCCGUCCGCUGCUUGCCCGCAACCAGGGCCAUGUCAACCAGCCGGCGACGCGCACCGCGGCGGGUUCGUACAAGCGCCCGCCCUCCCCCGGCCUCCGUCGCGACAUCGCCGUCAAGCGCCUCAAGACCGCCCCCGCUGUGCCCACUCUCGAGAAGCCCAAGCCAGCUGCAGAUACAGAUAGGGAGCGGAGGAAGAUCGCCCGGCAGGAAGAGUGGCAGCAGAAGUGGCUGAACCACUUCCCCACUCUCCACUUCUUCUUCGACGACAGAGUCGACCACAAGUUAGUCGAGGCCGCUACCUCCAAGCUGAGGGACUUGCAUGGGAACACCCUCGACUUUUUGGACUUGCAAGAGAUGACGCAUCUGAUCACGACCGAAGAGAGAGCCGAUGCCGCCAACACCCUCAUCAAGCACGAGGAGUACAAGGAGAACGGCGCACUCAAGAUUCUUAAGCGCCUCCCCAAACCGUUCAAGUCCAACGACGACAUCAUCCUCCGUGCCCUCCGCUUCCGCAAGAAGGCCCCGGUCCGCGUCUGGAGUAUCAAGAAGCUCGAGAAGAUGCUCGCCGGCUUGUUCGACGGCGACUCCUCUCAAACUAACGACGCCCCUGCUCCUCGUCGCGAGCGUGACCUCGCCCUCCUUCUACGCAACGAGCGCAUACAUGGCACCUACGAGCGCGACCCGACGCAGAAGCGGCACGACUACCGCUACUUCUCCAAAGGCAGCCACUUCCUCCUCGUCGAGGACAUACGCGAAGAGCUCGCAACUGUCAUCGCACAUGAAUACGUGAUGCCGAAGGGGAAGACGGUGCCGCCGUGGCCGGUCGCGCAUUGCGAUCCCCGCGCGCGCGGCCCCUUCGUUGCAUACGAUGAGAAGGAGAAGAGGCGGCACAAGAAGGCGAUGCAGGAGGACGAGGCGGAGCGAGAGGAUGCGGCGAUUGUGCAGCGUCGGUUGUUGCAAGCGCAGAGGCAUGUCUGGGCGCAGAAUGAUGUCUCGCGCUUGGGUAAUCGCGCGGGUGACCUCCGUCGCACGGUGUCAUUGAGUAACAUGCGCCGACGGGAGGAGGAGUUGGAAGAAGAUACGACCACCGUCGACCUCGACGAUUCACAAUACCAAGCAUACCCCCAUGGCUCUGGCUACAUGGCAUCAGGACAAUACAUGGCUGCUUCUGGCAACAGUAUGGCUAUCACCUCGACCGCGGGGACAACGACUUCUAUGGCGAAUGCUGUUCGCAACCUAUCUCUUCCAGCAUCAUUGCAGGGACGCAUUGACAACCAGAUCGUCACUUCACGCAAAGCCGGCGGCUCUGCGCAGAUCGGCGACAUGGGGCCACCAGACCGUAUGCCUAUGCUCAAGAAGUCCAAGAGCACGAACACGAUGCGUCAAACCAAGCGUGCCGAGGGCAUGAAGCCCGGGUACUGCGAAGCAUGCCGCAAGAAGUUCGAGCAUUUCGAGGACCACGUUAAGACGCGCGCACAUCGCAAAUUCGCAGAGAACCCCACCAACUACGUCGCGCUCGACGACGUGCUCAGCCGCGUCAGACGCCGCACAGUGUACGAAGUCGAGGAAGAGGAGCGCAUGUGGGAAGCUCGGCGCGCGGAGAAGAUACGGCAGGCGGCGUUAGCUCGUCAUCGCGCUGUCCGCCCUCCUAUGCACAUUGGGGACACUGUCGAUCUCAGUGACUACUAAAGCGGUAGUCACUGAGCCUCUAUGUCUGCCGCCUUCCUCAUGUGUCUUUUCUAUCCACUACCCCUCGUCCUCUAUGCUACGCUUUACACCCUUAUGCCCCUUCGUCUUCGCUUCACGUCUUGCAUUGAACUCGCCCACUGUACAUCACCACCUAUCACUGCCCAUACACAUAAUCAUGAAUACCUGCACGUCUUGUUUCGAUACCAAUCAUCCAAUGUGGAAUACGCGCACAGUACACCCAGUGGACAACACAUGGUUUUCUCGGUGAUGCUGAUGGGUGAGGGGCUGCCCAGAAUAAUGCAUAGGACCUUCACUGAA